AGACCUCAGGGCCCGAGAAGUGUUUAUUGGGCCCGGGCUGCGGAUGCAUCCAGUGUGAAGCUGCCAGAUGCAGCGCUUUGGAUAUGGCUGACGAGGAUGCCCUUUCAGAAGCUUCCUUCCAAUCUGCCGAUGAGGAAGAGGAUGAGGAUGAGCUGAAUGACUUUAGUGAGAACGUUGCGUCCUCUUCCAAGGGACCAAAUGAGCCCCAACCUCCUGGCCUCGAUGCCGAGGACGAAGAUGACGGAGGCAAGCGAUGGAAUCUCAAACGAGAUGGUGACAAGGCAGCAUUGGAGCCAAUCUUCAACCGACUCGCGGAGGAUCGCGAGCAUGUAAAGAUCUCCAAGAUGUUUUCGUAUGUUCUGCGGCAUGCCGCACACAAGCUCGAUGUUCGAAUCCGGAAGGAUGGCUUCGUGCGAUUGCGCGACAUCAUGGAGCUGAAGAACUUUAGGCCAUACAACCUGGAGGAGUUGAUGGCCUGUGUCUACUUUGACGAGAAAGAGCGCUACACCAUGGUCAGAGAAUUUGAUGGGGAGCUCUUGAUCCGUGCCAACCAGGGCCACACCAUGAAGGUGGUGGAGGAUGAUUUGCUGCUGGAGAUCAUCUCCGACCCGAGCACGGUGCAGGACUGUGUCCACGGCACCUACUUGGUGCAUUGGCCUUUCAUCAAGCGCCAAGGCUUGUCCAAGGUGGCCAGGAACCACAUCCACUUGGCACCCGGACUGCCAGAGGAUGGAAAGAUCCGUGGGAUGCGUUCGACUGCCGAACUCUUCCUCUACAUCGAUGUGCCAGCAGCCAUGCAGGACGGAAUGGUCUUCUACCGGAGCAAGAACGAGGUGAUUCUUACACAGGGGUUGGAUGGCUGGCUGCCCGUGAAGUACUUCAUCAAGGCCGUGAAGAUCAACUACUCCACCUGCGACAUCGAGGAGUUGGAGUUCGAUCGCGGGUCGCAGAUGCCGAGCUGGGCCGCUGAGCUGGCUCCUUCCGGGCCCGGGGAAGCGGGCAGCUACAUGGUCAAGAACCUGGAGGCGCUCAUCGCCAAUUGCCGCAAGCGAAUGGCCGAGAUCAACGAGCUCAAGGCAGCUGCGGAGAAUGGCCAAAGCCUCACAGAGGAAGAGCAGCAGAAGCUUGACCAAUACGGUGCCGUCUACAUUGAGCUGCAGUCGCUGGAGCAACGCUUCCGACAGCACAAAGGAUACCGUCGAGAGUCGACGCAGGAGAAGGAACUCCGUGCAAAGGAGGAGGCGGAGGCAGCAACAGUGGUGCAAAGAAAGGAUAGAGCUGCCACGCCUCCCUGGGAGAAAGGGAAGGCGGCCAUUGAGUCCACCACCUUCAAAGCCACGGACAAGGAGAAAGCCGAGUGGGCAGCCAUCGGCAAGCGGCGUGAGCACGCAGCCGAGCAUGCAGCUGCGAAGAAGGAAUCCGAGAAGAAGGAUGACCCGUGGGCCGCACUGGGUCGAGGCCGUCUGAAUGGCGGCGCCAGCACACCGUUGGCAGAGAAGGCCCCUCCUGCCAAGCCGGCAACGCCCUCCGGAGGUGAAAGUUGGCGCUUCGGAGGGCGAACGGAGGCGGCCACGCCAACACCGAAAGCUGCAGGACCUCCGCGCUUCUUCAACUCCAAGCUUCAGCAGCAGAAGGAGCAGAAGGAGAAGGAGAAGGAGCGUGAGACCAAAGAGAAAGAAGGCUGGCGCGACCGCGAUGCAAACUGGCGUAGCCGCACCGACGGAGAGACACCCAAGGAUGCAGUUCCUUCGCGAGCACCCGUCCAGGCAGAGGCAGAGCGGCCGCCUGCUGGAAACGGACAGCCUUCGCCUGGUGUGCCUGGUGUGUCGGGUGCGGGCCGGCCUCAACAGUAUGGGUGCUAUGGAGGAAUGCCGCAGCCGUACCAAGCAAGUCCGCAGGCCAUGAACAUGAUGAACUCCGGCUGGAUGGCCAACAUGAACCCACAGCAGCAGCAACAGCUUAUGAUGCAGCAGAUGAUGCAGCAACAGAUGGCUCAGCCAGCAGCACACGGAGGCUGCGGAUGCUGUGGGUGCCAAGGCAACCAGUGCCAGGGCCAAGGCCAGGGCUGCCAAGGUUGCCAAGGCCAAGGCUGUGGCUAUGGCUGGGGCUGCGGCUACGGCGGCGGAUGCUGCGGCUGUGGAUGUCCCCAAGGCGGAUGCGGCUGUCGGCCGUGCGGCUGCGGCGGCUGCCAGGGCUGCGGUGGCUGCGGCGGCUGCGGCGGCUGCGGCGGCUGCGGGGGCUGCCAGGGCUGUGCGCAAGGCCAAGGCUGCCAAGGCUGCCAAGGAUGCCCGGGGAAAGGCGGAGGUUCUGCCAGCUCCGGCAAAGGUGCCAGCCAGCCCGCAUGGGACGAGGCCACUCAACCCGAGGGCUUGCUGCGAAUGCACUGCUUAUGCUUCCAGGAAGAAGAUGAAGGUUUUGGUUGGAGCGAGGAGGGUUGGGGAGGCAAGGGCCGUUCGAGCAAAGGCCAAGGAAAAGAGAAAGGCGGCAAGGACAGUCGCGCGAAGGGCCGCGGUUCCUUCGGCCGAGACCGCUCCGGUGAUGAUGAAUGGGCAGCUUUGGGCCGCAUGCGAAAUGCGGCUGGCUGAGGAUCGGCUUUGUGCCAAAGGCCCACGAGGGCCUGGCCCUCGCGGCGUCGUCUCACCCCCUCAGACCCGGCCGCGCCUCGAAGGGCCCCGGGGUCCGAACCCGGCUCUGGAACCUUCCGAGUUGCA